AUGAAACAUGACCACCGGCAAGCUCGAAGUCGUGUGGUGGAUCAGAUUAUAAAGUCCACAUUUAAGGAUGUAAGUCGACGUUAUAGACCGAAGGAUAUUGUUAAUGACAUGCGGAAAAAUUACGGUGUUAACAUUCGAUAUGAAAAGGCGUGGCGUGCGAGAGAGAGGGCUUUAGAACUACUAAUGGGAUCGCCGAAGAAGUCGUACACUCUUUUGCGUAAAUACGGUGAGGCGUUGAAAUCGGUGAACCCAGGCACGGUAUUUUCAUUGAAGUUGGAGGACAAUAAAUAUUUCCAAUAUGCAUUCAUGGCCCUAGGGUGCUCUAUCCAGGGGUUUAGAAGUUGCAUUCGCACUGUACUUGUCAUCGACGGUGCACAUCUGAAGGGAAAAUAUAAAGGUGUGAUAUUGAUAGCCUCCUCUGUUGAUGGUAAUAAUCAGUUAUAUCCACUUGCAUUUGGAAUCGUAGACAGGGAAACAAACGAGUCUUGGACUUGGUUCUUGGAGCGGGUGAAGAGUUGUAUUGGAGAUGUUGAAGGAUUGGUGUUCGUGCCUCACCGGCACCGAACCAUUAAUAACUUUGUAACUUCUGUCUUCCCCACUGCUGAACACGUCAGUUGCAUGCAUCACGUGCAGAUGAACUUGAAUGAUAAGUUCAAGAUUCGGAGCGAAGGCGUGGAAUGGCUAUACCUCUUAGCAGCUAAGGCAUUCAAGAAGUCUACCUUUAGGUAUUAUUGGAAUCCGCUUGCAGGAUUCCCAGAACUGCGACAGUACUUGGAGGAACUCGGGUUCGAUAAAUGGUCACGCGCAUAUCAACCUGGAUUGAGGUACAAUCAGAUGACAACUAACAUUGCAGAUUUCAUGAAUGCAGUUCUAGUUCACGCACGAUAUUUGCCGGUCACUGCACUAUUAGAACAUUGUAGGGCUCUUCUGCAACGAUGGUAUUACGAACGACAGACGUAUGCAUCGACCAGAGCAUCCAUUCUAACUGAUUAUGCUGAGGGGAUUGUUAAGAGUGCAGUGGAGUAG